AUGGAGAUAUCAGAAGAGACAGUGUCAAAGAUUCAGAAAUUCGUUCAGAACCGACAGGCGGCGGAGAAGGAGGCCUCCCAAGAGCCGUUUAGUGCAACGGCCCUGCAUGCGUAUGCGCGACGCCUCGAUGGGACCUUACAACAGCUGCAAGAGCAGGUUCGGCGACAAGCAGAUGAACUGAAAAAGCUUCGAGAAAGCCGUGGCUCCCAUGGUCUUUCGGAUAACUAUGACGACCCUUGGAUGCGCGUUUCUCAAGCUCGACGCGCCAAAAAGGCAUACGACUCUCUAGUAAUGAAUGAGGAUGACUUGCCAACCACAGACUCUGUCUUGCCCUCACUGAUUGCUACCGAAGAAACCUCCCAGCUGAUCAAUGAGGGCAAGAUGUCCAUCCUGGUAACCGCAGACAAACUAUCUGCAGAUCGUGAGCGCUUCCGCAUCGAAGAGGCCAACCUGCGUGAUUCUCGUGCAAUCUCAUCCGGACUUCGCGAUAGAAUCCAACGGAUUCGCAAUGCCAACACCCGAAAGCAGGAGCAGACACCUUCCCAAGUAGCCCGGGAGGUUGUUCGAGAGCAGAAAAAGAAAAACAAAGGCCUUGACCAUGCAUCUGAUGGGCUCAAAAAGUCGCUAGACAAAUUCAUCGAUGAGUCUCUGGCGCCGAUGCUCGCGGCUGAGGACCUCGGUGGUCCAACAGUUGGAGAUGCUCUCGAGGUGUCUGACGCGACGCUGAAAGCGGGUUAUACAGCCCAUGGGAAGCCAAAGAAACAAAAAGAGCCUGUUGAGCAAGAAGAUGGAAAACAACAGCGGAUUGACCAAUUUCUUCGUCCAAGCAACGAUGGCUCAAACCCCAGAAACAAGCGAGAAGCUGCGGCGACGGAGGCGCAUGAACUACUCGAUGCUCUGCUGGAAGCCGGGACAUCAUACAUUGAUUUAAAACGGGAUUCGGCAGCCUCGCGAUUCCUCGUACGAGCCAAAGUAGCCCAGUUUCACCCGCGAGACGCGAGACGCUUACGACUGAUUGAUUUUGGUCGAUCACUCGGUGAUUGAGUUUGAUGAGCUGUGGA